CAUACUUGUAUUGAAUCAUUUGACUCAUCUAUCCCCUAUUCAUUUUGGGAAUUUCCUUACUUCUUUUGAAAAAUAUUUUUUACAUUUUCUGACUUUUGGUAUGACAAAAAAACUUAUUUUGGUGGAAAAUAUUUUUGAAAAAACAUGUUCCAGACUAAAUUUUUACCAAUACCACAUUACAACAAUCUCCACCACCUCCACCUUCAACUUGAAGUGAAGAUAUCACAAGUAACUCUAAACAUUUUCUGGAGUAAAGUUUUGUGAAUGCUACCCCACAAUCACCACUAGCUCAUCAUUGGUGCCACUACCAUGCCCACAACCCCACCACCCGCUCUACUACCUCCAACACCAGCUGUACUAUCGUUGCAACCACCAUCAUCUCACUACUAAUACAACUAUUAGUACAUCAGUUUCAAGAUCAUAUCUAAAUAUAGAAAAAUGUUUUCUUUAAAAAAAACAUUUUUUUAAAAAAAGUUCAUAUAAAAUGUAUUUUGCAGAAACAAAUAAUUUUCUAGUUCUUUUCGUGUCUCAUUGUUGAGCAGUUUGCAAACACUCUUGAAGAAAAACCAGACCCAGGAGGAGAAUGCUGGCAAGACAUUAUGAAAGAUCAACCCAUGCCCAAAGCAAUUCAGGGCCUCAUGGGCCAUCAGGGCUCAUUGUCAUUGUCAGCUCUCUCCAAGAAGAAAACAGACUCUCACACAUCAACAGAAACCAUGGAGUACAGUGCAAAAGAGAGGAGGCCAUUUGUCAAAGACUUUGAGCCGAGGCCUAGCAUCACUGGUUACCAUGAUGAUGAUAAACUAACCGAAGAGAAAUCUUUUGUGAAAGAUAUUGAACCGAGACCUAGCAUCACAGCUUACCGUGAUGAUGAUAAACUAACCAAAGAGAAAUCUUUUGUGAAAGACUUUGAGCCGAGGCCUAGCAUAACAGCUUACCGUGGUGAUAAUAAACUAACCGAAGAGAAAUAUUUUGUGAAAGACUUUGAGCCAAGGCCUUGCAUCACAGCUUACCGUGAUGACAAUGUUGUUUGUCAAGAUUAAGGGACAAUCAAGAAGGAAAUUACUCAGUUGUUUCAGAGCACUACCAUGCAUUUAGUGUUCUUGACCACGGAGGCAGUUCAAAAGGGAUGCACAUGACCGAGCUUGUUUUGAAAUGUCUGGUUGGCUCCAUCUAUUUGGUGACUAGUGCUUCUAUUGUUUGCAUCAUGUUAUCGUACCAAGUUUAUAUUGUCCGUGGUGUGUUAUAUGUAGCGUGAUUGUGAAGUGAGUCAUGUCUACUCUCAAAAUAAGGAGUUUGAGAUGUUGGAUUGAAUAAUAGUGAAUUUUGGGAUGUUAUGUCUGAAUGUUUUGAUAUCUUUGAAAUGUUUGUACAAAUGAGAUUUAAUCCUAUCCUAAUGCAAUGGAGAUCUCAAACCAGCAUUAUUGAUCAAAACACAUA